GGAUCACAUGACUAGAGACCAGGAAGCAGCGGGCCGUGAGUCGCCAGUGUCGUGUCUGGAAUACUUAUAAGAACACCUCAUUAUUUUCUAUCGAGCUGAGCUGUUUGGACAAGUGGAGGCGGCUGCACGACUUGACAUUUGCAAGGGAUAAUGGCCUCUGUCGGACAUUGUCUGCCGACUUUUCUAAACGGGCUUUUAAUCUGCGUCACUUUGCUGAGCGGUCUGAGUGUCACUGCCAAGCCGAACCGAAAACCUAACAUCGUUUUGAUUCUCACCGACGACCUGGACAUCGCUAUUGGGGGUCUGACUCCACUAGCCAAGACUAAAAAGUUAAUUGGAGAUGCAGGGAUCUCGUUCACGAAUGCUUUCGUGGCCAGCCCACUGUGCUGCCCAAGCCGGGCUAGCAUACUGACGGGGAAGUACCCCCACAACCACCACGUCAUCAACAACACGCUGGAGGGCAACUGCAGCAGCACGGCCUGGCAGAAGAGCCAGGAGCCCAACACCUUCCCAGCCCUGCUGCACAACCUGGGAGGAUACCAGACCUUCUUUGCUGGGAAGUACCUCAACCAGUACGGCGACGCCAAGGCUGGUGGACUUGGCCAUGUCCCGCUGGGAUGGACCCAAUGGUUUGGACUGGAGCGGAACUCCAAGUACUACAACUACACUCUGUCUGUGAACGGGAAGCCUGAGGUUCAUGGAGCGGAAUACAGCAAGGACUACCUGACCGAUGUUCUGGCCAACGUGUCGCUGGACUUCCUGCGCUACAAGUCCAAGUACCAGCCCUUCUUCAUGAUGGUGUCCACCCCGGCCCCCCAUUCCCCCUGGACGCCGGCCCCCCAGUACCAGGACACGUACAAGGACACCAAGGCCCCCAGGGACCCAAACUUCAACGUGCAUGGGAAGGAUAAACACUGGCUGAUCAGACAGGCCAAGACCCCAAUGAGCAACGCCUCCAUCCAGUUCCUGGACAACGCCUUCAGAAGCCGGUGGCGCACUCUGCUCUCGGUGGACGACCUGGUGGAGCGCUUGGUGCUCGCCCUAGAGGCCAGCAAGGAACUUGACAACACAUACGUCUUCUUCACUUCCGACAACGGAUACCACACCGGCCAGUUCUCUCUACCUCUGGAUAAGAGGCAGCUGUAUGAGUUUGACAUCAGGGUGCCUCUCAUGGUCAGAGGGCCCAACAUCAAGCCCAACCAAACCAGCAAGCUGCUGGUGGCCAACGUGGACCUGGGUCCCACCAUGUUGGACAUCGCGGGCUACGACGUCAACAAGACCCAGAUGGACGGCAUGUCCUUCCUGCCUGUGUUGGAGGGCCGGGUGAACGCCAGCAGCUGGAGGACAGAUGUGCUGGUGGAGUACGAGGGCGAGGGUCACAACGUCUCGGACCCCUCCUGCCCCCUGCUCGGACCGGGGGUCUCGGAGUGUUUCCCCGACUGCGUGUGCGAGGACGCCUUCAACAACACCUACGCCUGCGUGCGCAGCGUCGCCCCCUCCACCAACCUCCAGUACUGCGAGUUUGACGAUAACGAGGUGUUCGUGGAGGUGUACAACGUGACCGCCGACCCCUUCCAGCUGGCCAACAUCGCCAAGACCAUCGACCAGGAGGUCCUGGAGAAGAUGAACCACCGCCUCAUGAUGCUGCAGUCCUGCUCCGGAGCCUCCUGCCGCACCCCUGGGGUGUACGACUCCAGGUACCACUUCGAUCCCAGCCACAUGUUCGACAGCCACCGGACCCGGCUGAGCCUACUGCGACACGGGACCAAGUGAGCAGCGGGAGGCCUGCAGAGAGGAUGAUGAAGUAAACGGAAGAAGGGCUGGUGUGUGUGUGUGUGUGUGUGUGUGUGUGUGUGUGUGUGUGUGUGUGUGUGUGUGUGUGUGUGUGUGUGUGUGUGUGUGUGUGUGUGUGUGUGUGUGUGUGUGUGUGUGUGUGUGUGUGUGUGUGUGUGUGUGUGUGUCGUAGUUGAUUCUUUCCAGCCUUUUCUCGAUGUUGUUGCCUUAUCUCUGGGAGUCUCCCAAAGUUUGAUGAUUGAAUGAAGGAGACCCUGUUUAGUUGACAGGGUAAAAUCGGAGGCCUUUUUUGAGUGGUUUCAAUACCCAACACUGCCACUUUCAGUGGGGGGGGGGGCGCCCUUUCUCUUAAACAGACCUGCUGUGGUACAGAGGUCCUUAAGAACCCAGAUCGUGGCUAGGUGCAUGCACACUUGGAGACCUAAAGGGGUCCAAAUCCCCAAUUCUCUGACCUAGUGCUUCUCUUUGGUCACCUUCCUGCUCGUCGUCACCCUAUCGUUCCUACACACACACCUCCUUAAUGUGUUUCCUGCUGUCUGAACACCCUGGGAUAAAACGGAAGUCAACUCUGCCUGCUACAGUAUCAAUCAAGAAAAACUCUUGACCCCAUUGAUCCAUUCUUAGACUGUUUAUUACGAUUUAAAGCAAGUGAAAUUGCAGAAGUCUAUAUAUAUUUUAUUUUUCAACCAUCUCCCACACUGCUUGGCAUGCCUCCGUUGAGUGACCUCUGUUGCCUUCCACAUGAGCCAUGAAGUGACCCGACCAGGACUGCUGACCCUAAAGGUCAGAGGGCAGCCGCACCUUUUGACCCCUGAAGUAAUCAAAAGCAAGAAUUGUCACAAUGUUUGGUGUGUCAUCAUGUCGGAUGAUGGUUGGUUAUGAUUCACCCAGUUUUGGUUGAAUCAACAAACCAUUUGUGAACCCCACCAUGAAGAUUAAGCAACCCACUGUAGACCCAUGUGUCAUCGUGAAUCAUUGUUGGUUCCUAUUGGUUCAUAUGCGUGUUUGGAAUGGGAGAAUGAUUUUUAACCUAAAUUUAAAUAAAUGUUCCAUUAGACGUUUAGAACAUUUCAUUGGUCUACUCAAUAGAACGGAGAACUUGUGCACAUACUGAAAAUUGGGGCAAAUAUUGAGACACUGCUUGAUGCUUGUUCAAGUAGUCUUUUAUUUGCCAUUCAUAAUUAAUUAUGUAACUGAUAAUUUGAUAGCUUCCGACUACAUUAUUUCAAUGAGGAAAAUGACUUUAGUGUUACAAUAUUGUAGUCCAAGGGAACAUAUAACUGAAACUAUAAAUCAAUGUCUUGCAACGCCAACACGACCAAAUCAUGGUUCCUUGCCUCCAGGUUUAGUUUCAAAAGUGAACGUGAGGAAUGAACCAGUCAAUGAAUUAACUCAAAGAGGGAACCAUUUUCGUGCUCUACUCAUCACAUGACAAGAUGGUAAUGAUAUCUCUGAACAAUCUCUCGUAUUGUGUGAACAUAAGCUUUAGGUUGUACAUGUCCUUUUGUCACUCAAUUAGUUUUAAUUGAAGUACUGAUUACAUUGUCCUUACCUUGCAGACUUGUUUACUGACACCAAUUUAUGGUUCUGAUCUUUUGUGUAGCCAAAGAGUUUUUUUUAAAUUCUGCAGUUUGUUGGACUGCCACUGUUGAAAUUAUUUUAAUCUUUAUUCCUGUUCAUGUUGCAGAUGAUCAUGUCUUUGCAAGUUUGAGUGUUGGCAUAUCUGGAUAGUCUUACCAAACUAAAUUAUAAUUUGUAGGAGACAGCUGUACUGAAUCCAGACUUAACAUAACGUUCUAAUUAAUGUAUGCACUUGUUGUGGCACUUUUUUUUUCAAAGAUGUUUAAAUGUAUUUUGUGGCUUUUUGUUGAAAUAAAAGAUUUUCAUCUCA